GUAGCCGUUCUUUAAAAAUCCAGCUCAAAAACAGCACACAGCCACGCCCCCACCCCUGUUUACUCUUUUCACGGCCAUCUCCUCUCUCUCCACACAUUACAACACAGAACCCAUUACUGCCCAUUACCUUAAAUAUUUUUUAUUUUACUUGAGAAAAAAUGCUGCUCUCUCUUGAUCCUCUUGCUCCUCUCUGAUUCCAGGAAGACAACUCACAGGAUAGAAAUAUUUUUUUUUUUUAAAAAAAAAGAUUUGGACAAAAUGGGUGUUUUGAGUGAGUCAUGGUGUUUUUGCAAAGGAGUAGGCAAGUCUGAGAAAUUGAAGGCUGCCCUUUUUACUGGCAAGGGUCCUGCAAUUGCCAGGAUAUCUGCCACCGCCAAUGGGAUCUCCGGCACUGGAUUCCUGAUCCACCGGAAUCUUCUUUUGACUGCUCAUGUUAACAUUCCCUCUAUCGCUGCUGCUGAAGGUUGCGAGAUCCGCCUCCAAAAUGGUGUCGCUGCCACUCUCGUCCCUCACAGGUUUUUCAUUACCACCUCUGUUCUAGAUCUAACUAUAGUGGGUUUGGAUUCUGUGGAUGGAGAAUCAAAUGCCCAAGGGCAGCAGCCACACUACUUGAAGACUUGUUCAAAACCAAAUCUGGAUUUGGGAAGUGCUGUUUACUUUUUAGGCCAUACAGAUAAUGAAGAACUGACAGUUGGUGAAGGAAAGGUGGUCAUUGCCACGGACAAUCUCAUAAAACUGUCAACUGAUGGAGUAUCAUGGAGCCCUGGAUCUGCUGGAUUUGAUGCACAAGGUAAUCUUGCAUUCAUGAUCUGUGAUCCCAUGAAACUUGCAACAUCUCCAAAUACUAAAUCUUCUUCAACUUCAUCAUCAUCCUCAUCAUCAUGGAAGAAGGAUUCUCCCAUGCAAUUUGGUAUUCCCGUACCCAUUAUUUGUGAUUGGUUGAACCAGCAUUGGGAAGGCAACCUUGAUGAACUUACUAAACCCAAAUUGCCGAUAAUUAGAUUGAUGUCCACAGGACAGAAAAGUGAGCAUUCUUGUGCUUCCUUCACACUCCGGCAGGUUUUUAAGUCGACAGAAGCUGAUAACGAUGGCACCCCAUCAUCGAAUACAGUCUCAAAAGGUAAAGAUCAACCAAAUCCAGGUUGUUCUGGCACAGAAAAUACUGUCAAGGAAGGAAUCCAAACUACUGAUUCACAUGGUGCCCAUGUUCAAGGAAUUCCAACCCCAGAAAUAUAUGAAUCGCCUAAGCUGACUGCUGGCCCUCUUAGGAAAAAGGAAAGCGCCCAAAUACAGCUUUUGGAUAUUAAUUUCCCUCCUAGGGUGACCAAAACUACAGUUCAACCACAUCCAGACAUACAGCUGCUGCCAAACUCCGAUGAGAAUUCUGUCAAGGAAAUGCCUUCACAGACUCCAUUGAGUGAAGAUCAAAUCAAGUACAAGGGACAUGCUAUUCCUGAAGGGGAUGCUGACAUUGCCUCAACAGGUUCUGUGAAUGGAGCCCAAAGUGAGGUCCAUUCUAGUUCUUCUCCAGUGGAGGUUUCAGAGAUGUAUAAUGGAUACAGCAGUGAGGGAGAAACAACUAUGUACUCUGCAGAAACUGCCGAGAGUCGAAACUAUACAAGCCCAAGAGAGGGGAAGUUUCAGCAAGUUGGCCGGAGCCACAGUUGUGUAAGUUAUAAUAGAUGGGGAACUGCCCAAAGGAACCAGGUGGCCCGAAGGGCAAUGCUAGAACAGCAGAGAAGCUUCAUCCAUGGAAGGAAAAUGCAUUCACAAGGGGCAACUUCUCAAAGGAGUAAUGACUACUUUAGCCCAACUGUGUCUUCUAUAAUGAAGAAGCGAAACAACUCAGAGCAUCCAACCAGACCGAAGCAAAGCGCGGUUCACUCCUCUCCGAGAUGGAUGUUCUGAUUAGUUCUAGAUUACUUGAUACCAAAUGAGAUUGGCAACAGAAACAUGGUCUUUAUGCUAUUUCGAUUUAUGUCCAUUCCAUUUUGUAUACUGCAACUAAUUUGUUGUGACCUUGUGUAGACCAAUCAAUGGAAGAUAAAUAAGAAAAUUAGACCAAAGAA